GCUGCCGGAAAGGUCCCAGCCCGGAGAUGGAAGAGCAGAGGCGUUCUAUGGGCUGGGUUGAAAGCCUCCUCCCUCGAAUUGCAUCGGCUUGACCCCUAGCCCAGGGGGCACCCAGCCAGUGCUGUCCUCUCCUACUCUAAUAUUGCACGUACUCGAUAUUAACAGAGACACGGAGAGUGGGUGACUCGGGAGUCAGGGAGGAGAGUGACUUGUCCUGGGCCUUCCCCUCAUACCCUGCGACCAGAACUCCAGCCCUAGGGAGUGGGCAGGGCCUCUUGCCGCGCCUCGCGCCCUGCUUUUCGCCUCCUUCAACGUUGUCUGCUAGCUGGUUUUCCUGCUCUCUCUACUAGGAGACGAACGCUUGAGCCCGAGAUGGCAGCCACUCUGCUCAUGUCUGGGUCCCAGAUGAGACUUAAUGCCAUUGCCUUCUCGACAUUUCUAACCAUGUCUCUAAUUUCAAGAAGAAAAGCUGGUUCUAAACUCCUAGAUACCAAGUAGUGAGGAAAGCAUUGUGUGAUUUCAGGCCCCUGUGACAUUUGAAGAUAUGGCCAUGUAUCUCACUCGGGAAGAAUGGAGACCUCUGGACCCUACACAAAGAGACCUUUACAGGGAUGUGAUGCAGGAGAAUUAUGGAAAUGUUGUCUCACUGGAUUUUGAGAUCAGGAGCGAGAAUGAAGCAAACCCAAAACAAGAGUUUAGUGACGAUGUGGAAUUCGCGACCAUGUCGGAAGAGCCUCUUGAGAAUGCUGAGAAGAAUCCUGGAAGCGAAGAGGUCUUUGAAAGUGGGGACCGGUCAGAAAGGCCGUGGGGAGACCUGACCGCGGAGGAGUGGGUAAGCUACCCUCUCCAGCAAGUCACCGACCUGCUUGUCCACAAGGAAGCGCACACGGGCAUCCGCUACCACAUUUGUUCUCAGUGUGGGAAAGCCUUCAGUCAGAUUUCAGACCUCAAUCGCCACCAGAAAACGCACACGGGAGACAGGCCCUAUAAGUGUUACGAGUGCGGGAAGGGCUUCAGCCGCAGCUCCCACCUCAUCCAGCACCAGAGAACACACACCGGCGAGCGGCCAUACGACUGCAACGAGUGUGGGAAAAGCUUCGGCCGGAGCUCGCACCUCAUUCAGCACCAGACGAUCCACACCGGGGAGAAGCCUCACAAAUGCAACGAGUGCGGGAAAAGCUUCUGCCGUCUCUCCCACCUCAUCCAGCAUCAGCGGACCCACAGCGGGGAGAAACCGUACGAGUGCGAGGAAUGCGGGAAGAGCUUCAGCCGCAGCUCCCACCUAGCUCAGCACCAGAGGACUCACACCGGUGAGAAGCCUUACGAGUGUAACGAGUGUGGGCGGGGCUUCAGCGAGAGGUCCGACCUCAUCAAACACUACCGCGUGCACACGGGGGAGAGGCCCUACAAGUGUGACGAGUGCGGGAAGAAUUUCAGUCAGAACUCUGACCUGGUGCGGCACCGCAGGGCCCACACCGGGGAAAAGCCCUACCACUGUAACGAGUGCGGGGAAAACUUCAGCCGCAUCUCCCACCUCGUCCAGCACCAGAGGACUCACACGGGAGAGAAGCCGUAUGAAUGCACGGCCUGUGGGAAAAGCUUCAGCCGGAGCUCACAUCUCAUCACGCACCAGAAGAUCCACACCGGGGAGAAGCCCUACGAGUGUAACGAGUGUUGGCGAAGCUUUGGGGAAAGGUCGGAUCUGAUUAAGCACCAGAGAACCCACACGGGAGAAAAGCCCUAUGAGUGUGUGCAGUGUGGAAAGGGCUUCACACAGAGCUCCAACCUCAUCACCCAUCAGAGAGUUCACACCGGGGAGAAGCCUUAUGAAUGUACCGAGUGUGAUAAGAGUUUCAGCCGGAGCUCAGCUCUUAUUAAACACAAGAGAGUCCAUACCGACUAGGCCCGGCAACCCCGAGUAAGAAAUGACAUGUUUGGAGGCCAUGUGAUGUUUGAUAUCAGCGGGCUUCCUUAAGACAGCUCUUUUUAAUGUUCUGACUUCCCUUGUUGCGGGCUACAGUCUGAAACAUGAAAGAAAGCAACCCUUUUUGAAAAUUCAGACCCACAGCUUUGGGGAUGCUGUCCCCUCCUCCAAAACGGUGGUGUUUAUUCACUGAUGAUUCUAUGAAUUGCUUCAUCAAAGUCAGCCUCCCAUCCUGAGUAACUUGAGAGCUGAAGACCAGAAGACAAGAUGCUGUUGGUCUCUCAGGCCUGGAGAUGGAGUACAUCUUUAAAAAAAUUUUUUUUCUCUCUCUCUCUUGUAUCUUUGGCCCAAAAAGAUUGCAGCGGGAGAAAUAGGGUGGUCACAGCCCCUUUGGCAGAGACAGGUGGACUUGCCCUGAGCUGGGACUGUUCACACGCUGUAGUAGCUGGGCUCACACACACCCCUUCCAAAGGGCUUUUUUUUUUUUUUUUUUUUUUUUUUUUGAGUAGCUCACCUUCGUAUCUAAUCCUGUGCACAGGAUUCCGCCUGCUGAAAGCAGUGAUCUGGGAGUUUCUCCUUGUUUCUCACUUGUGUAUAGCUUGCAUGUUUUUGAAAGCUGACCUAAGAUACAAUGUAACGGGAAACAGGAGGCACUGGUUUGAGGACCAAGGGCCCAUGGUCAGCGAUGACAUCAGCAAGAGAUAACAUUAAUCAGACUUCCGUAUUUCCUUCAAAAAUCACUUUAGGGAUCAUAGUAGGGAAACUGCCUUUAGGAAAAGAUAGGGCUGGAAGUCAUGACAGAUGGGAAGUAGGAAGAGAACUGACCCCACCCCACCCCCAUCCCCCAGGGAAGGGAGCCCAGGACCCUUCCCAGGGAACAGCAGUCAGUGCUGCGGUCUUUAAGAUCGCUUGCCCCUCUAGGGCUUGAUAGGGCCACAGCCCAGUCUUCAUCUUAGCUUGCAUAAAGGCAUGCGUAUGUUCGGUGAAAUGUGUAUUCUGAUAGCAGAAACUGAAUUCAUAAGAAUCAGCAUGUUCUUGCCUGAAGUAGAUCCUAAGAUAGAACUGUGGACAUAGCUCCCGUGUGAGAAUGUCCUUUAUUUUUCUUUUGUGACAGAGAAGAAACAUUUUAGCAUUAGUGCUCAUGCACAGUGCGCUCCUGUGAAGUUUGGUUUUGUACAGAACUAAGCACUUGUGUGGACAUGUCCAUCAAUGGUGAGAGAGUGACUGGACACUCAGGUUCUUUGUCCUUUCUCAGACGGAAUUAUCUUCCGUGACGAAUGGCCUCAUCUGAAGACACGGAUAAACCUAUGGAGGAAUGUGUUUCCAGCAUCCAGACACAAAUAGUUAAAACGAGUUGACCCAGUGUAGCCCAAUACUUCACUUCUUAGAUAUCCCGGAUGUUGGUGCUUAUUGAGCCCUGAGGGGAUGGAGGGAAGUUGGCAUCCAGGGAGCUGGGACUUUGAGAGUGUGAAAAUUUGUGUGUGUGUGCCCGCGCGUGUGUGUGCGCGAGUGUGUGUGUGUGUGCACGCGUGUGCAUUUAAAGAGUCCCAUUGUAUUUCUAUGGUGCUUUGUUGCAAAGUUGCAAACGUAAUUUUUAUUAUUAUUAUUUUUUUACUAAAGAAACCCUUUUUGUUAAAGUUCUUUGGGAUUUGGCACUUAAAGCCCAGUGCUUUCAGUCACUGUGGCCACAGCUGGGUGAUACCAUAUCACUAGUGACAACCUGAAAAGCAACUGAAGGAGAAACCACUCUGAGGGCCUCUUAGUGGUCACUCCCAUUUGAGGACAAACUUGGGGCAGGGCACAUGGUUUCUAGUCUGUACAAAAUCUAGCCUACUGUGGGUAUUCAUAUUUUAACUGUUAGGUGACUUACAUGUUCUUGGUAACUAACAUGUCAGCUGUGUCUUCUAUAUCAGUGCAGCCGAUGACUCUGGUGGUGUUCAGCGUUCUCCCAUUGCUUCUUCGAGCCUCAUAAGUGACUGCCUGGGAGUAGCUCGUAGAAGACAGAACCUCUGACCCAACUUCAUUUCAACCUGUUUCCCGCCUCUGUUCCUAACUUAUACUUACACACACACACACACACACACACACACACACACGCCCACACGCCCACACGCCCACACGCAUGCAUGCACUCCCACCAUACCCACCCAGCCUCAGCCUUCAUUUGAAGGUUAUGUUGUGUCCCGUUUGCUGCUUUUGCUUCUAGGAGAUGAAAGGCUCCGGAAGGUUUCUGAUUGCCUUCCAAUCUCUUCGUAUGUGUACACUCCAGCUGGGUGGCUAAAAAGGCAAUGGCUGUGCCAACCCUGUCCACACCGUUGCGGUCAGCUGCUCCCCUUCCUGUGCUGAGCUGUGGCAGUCAUACACGCGCCACUCUUCACUAACACUAUGUGCAUGCCUUCUGUUCGGAAGUCCCCGGCCAUUUCUGCACAUACCAGACAGUCUGUGCCUGUGUUCUAUGGUUGUGGAGAGUGGUUGAACAGGUAAAUCUGUAGAGCAGAUUCCCUUGGUAUUGGUCAGUUAUCCUAGUGUCUUGUCUAUAGCUGUAUUAUCCUAACAAUAUUCUAUAAUUAAAGGUAUAAUUUUUAAAC